UGACAUCGUGAAACUCCGCAGAUAGCGACCAACCGCAGCUGCUCCGCGGAGUUCAUUUCGCUUCACGUUCAAAAUGGCGGCUGUACUGAAUUCUGUGAAGUCAUUCGGCGGUCCGAGCAUGUCUACUGCAGCUGUGAACGGCGGCCGAUUCAUGGACGCUCCAGUUACAACAGGGACGUCCAUCAUGGCUGUGGAGUUUGCAGGUGGAGUGGUGAUCGGGGCCGACUCACGAACAACCUCUGGAUCGUACAUCGCUAACCGAGUAACAGACAAACUCACGCCGGUUCAUGACCGGAUCUUCUGUUGCCGGUCAGGUUCUGCCGCAGACACACAGGCCAUCGCUGACAUCGUGUCUUAUCACACCGGCUUUCACAGUAUUGAGAUUGGUGAGCCUCCCCUGGUCCGGACGGCAGCAAACCUGUUUAAGGAUCUCUGCUACAGGCACAGGGAGGACCUGACAGCUGGCAUCAUCGUGGCAGGAUGGGACAAGCGGAAGGGCGGACAGGUUUACUCUGUGCCACUAGGAGGGAUGCUGGUUAGGCAGCCGGUAGCUAUAGGAGGCUCUGGCAGUACGUAUGUGUACGGUUAUGUGGACUCACACUUCAAGGAAGGGAUGACUAAAGAGGAGUGUUUCCAGUUCUGUGCUAACACCCUGGCCUUGGCAAUGUUCCGUGACGGCUCGAGUGGCGGAGUGAUCCGAUUGGCCGCCAUCAUGGAAGACGGGAUAGAACGCAAGGUCAUCACGGGAGACGACAUCCCCAAGUUCUGGGAGGGGUGAUCUUCUUCCUGAGUCAAACUCCAUAAGAUUAGCAUGUCGGCAGAGCGUAUUGCACCUGGACGAAACCUGAAAUGUAUUGUGCAUAGCACUUUGGCAGAAUGUCUCAUAUAAGGUCGUAUUGGUGUCCAGCGUAUGAGGUUAACAUCCUGUCUGUAGUUUCCGAAUGUUAUGUUGAAAGAGAUAUCGUCUGCAACAGGCAAAAUUCUAAUGCAACGGUGACCAAACAUCCAACAAAAACCAUUAAAAAUCAGGCUAGCUUUUGUGCAGGCACAGUACGUUCUCCUGACAUGUUCAUAAGACUAGAUAUUUGUAGUAGGCAGGAAUU